AUGUCUUCAGUGCCGGUAAACGCAAGAAAUGUCGGUGCACCGGAGAUCGACCUGUCUGUGGUCAUUGUCGUCGACUGCGUUUACGGUGAAGAGAACCCUUGGCAGCGUUCCUUGGACUCCGAGCCACACGUUGAGCCCGACGCAUCUUCUCGGGAGGCCACCACAACUGUGUUGAGGAGACUGUCAAUGCUUGACAACAAGAUGGAGAAUGUGACAGCUCGACUUAGCACUAUUGAGGAUCGCCUGACAUCCCUUCUCGACCUGCAUCUUUCAGGCAGCGUACAAGCAUCUCAUGCCGCGCGCAAUCCUAGGAAUGGCACCGACGCGCCGAACCUCGCCUCAAAUCAGGGUCAGGGUGUGGUGACAGAGCAGGAGGCACCUGCACCCAUGGAUGUUGGCGUGCCCGAAGACGUUGUCGCUGCCGCGGUGGAUGCGUACUUCUUCUACUGCCACAAUCAACCCUAUUCCUUUUUCCAUGAAGCGCACUUCCGUCGCCGGUUGUCAGAAAGAACCGUCCCUACACAUCUGCUGCUGACUAUAGUGGCUACAGCUGGCCGCUUCUGCUCACAUCCCUACUUCGCGGGGCGCGUGCACGAAGCAUCGGUCGACUGUGCUAAUCGGGCCUGGAAGCUGAUUGUUUCUGAUUGCUUCACCGAGGGCACUGGCACGGAGAUAUCCGCAGUACAGACGGUGGCUCUUCUGGGUCUGUUUGACUUCACUGGUGAGUGGUUGCUCUCAUACUGGAGCUUGUUACUUGUUCCCCUUAAGCGAGAGGACAACAGGCAGAACACUGACGGCAAGAGCAGCUGGCAGGUCGCGUCACGGUUCGGCAUGGGUUAA